AUUGCACCUAGAUGAAGCUAUUGAUUAUUCUAUUUUUGUUUGUGACACCGAUAAUAUGCUCUUUAGGUGAUCAGCUUCCGGAGUUUAUGCAUUGUAAUGAUCAAUGCAAAAGUUACCUAUGUCUCCAAAAGAGAAUCUCCUCGAUUAGUAGCAAGUACACUAUGGGAGAUUUUGAUUCCAAGAACAACGUACACUUCCCAUUCAAACAAUUAUUUGGGUGGCAAUGUCCCGCUGAUUGUGAUUACAAGUGUCAGCAAAUCAUAACAGAUAUUAGAAUAUCCCAGGGUGCUCCGAUCGUCAAGUUUUAUGGCAAAUGGCCUUUCAAAAGAGUCUUCGGAAUGACAGAGGUUGCAUCAGUGGUUUUCUCAUUAUUGAACUUCUUAAUUAAUUAUCAUAACUUCAGGAAGAUAAAUCCCCAAAGAAAGAGAAGUUCAGGGCCAGUGAGAACCAUGUAUGGUCAAUAUUUAGUGUUGCUUUCCAUUUCAAUGGUAGGUUGGACAUUCAGUAUGUUAUUUCAUACACGAGAUUUACCAAUCACCGAGACCUUAGAUUACUUUGGAGCUUCUUUGAUAAUUUUGUUCAACUUCUACAUAAUAAUUAUCAGGUACUUCGAGUUGUUCAAGAAUAACCUCCUUCCUUUCCAGAUUGCUAUCGGGACAAUAUAUGGAUUGCACUUGGUAAAAUUGAGCCAUGAUUGGGACUAUAAUUAUAACCUUGUUUUCCACUCAGUAAUCGGAAUCAUAACUCUUGUACUUUGGGUUUUACAUUCAGUGAAAGUGAGCCGAAUUUAUACCAACAACUAUCCAAUUCUUUCCAAUUCCAUUCAAUUGUUACCAUUUGAAACGAAGAUUCUCAUGAAAUUGAACUACUUGAGUUUGUCUAAAUCGAAGUAUAUUCCUUUAUUACCAAUUCUACUCAACUUGUGGAUGUUUGGUUCGAUGUUUUUUGAGAUUUGUGAGUUUAAACCUAUCCUUAAAGUAGUUGAUUCGCAUGCUAUGUGGCACUUGGCCACUUUUUUCCCCCAAAUCAUCUGGUACGAUUGGAACAUGUGGGACUUGGAGUUAUAUAAACGUGUGACUGAGUUGAGCAUAUGAGUGGACAUAUAUAGAGGGUACGUUUGAAAUGGUAGACUAAAUAAGCUAUAUCUACAGUGUAAAUAGAACAAUUAUAUAUUAGUUGAAAAUGAUAUUAUAAACUUA